AUGUUUUCGGGUAGCGCUCUGGUGCGUUGCUAGGGAUUUUGACGAGUCCUCUCGAGUACGAUCUCGUAUGGUUUCGCGUUAUCCAUAUAAUCUGUGUACAAGACUUAAACACACCCCGUGUGUUGUGCGUGAAUUGUGUUAAAUCGUACGCGAAGUGGGAUGUGAAGGUGCGUUGCACGUGAUGGUGUUUUUAAAAAUUGUUACCAAGUGGUGCCGGUCGCUGGUUUAAACAACUCGUAAACAAUUCUACCCCUUGAAGGCAAACCAGCUGGAGACCGUUUUAGUGAGUGCAUAAAAGAACGAAACUAUCCAAAGACUUACUCUCCUGCGACAAAAAUCCUCCAUGUAACGAGUGUUCCGUCGUGCGUUAAAAUGCUGAUCAUCCCUCCAGUGUCAGCGGUUCAAAAAUCAGCUGAGCUUAAUAACGCCUGAAAACGUUCCGCUGAAGCGAGACAGAGAUAGCGAGAGGGAGAGAGAGAAACACUAUCCUCCUCAACAGUUGUCCACGCUCUCCCGGCAGCAUCACAUCGGAUCUGUGGCCCCACGUUAAGCGAAUCGACGUCUCAAAGGCACGCUCAGUCUGCCAACAACACCGACCGGGUGAACAUCGUUCAGCAACAUUCGUGCGCACAGGCACUGUGCAAUGAACCAUAGAGUGAUCGCGAGUGGACAAGUGCAGUGAAAUACUCAUAUGACGAUGUUUUAAAAAAGAUAUACAACAUUCAGCGAAAGUUCCACAAAUCCCGAUGUAGCGUGGAACGUGAUGAUUUUACACUCAUCCAGCAGACAUCCCAAUCUGUGUUGCUCAUCUGUUGUACAUUUUAUGGGCAGCAAAACAAACACUGCUGAUAGUGGCUACUGAAAGUGUAUCAACUAAUGCAUCCUUCCGACGCGGCUGUUUAGUAUAUCGUCCCGGUGUGCUUACGUUCCGGCUUGAUAGUGAACUGAUUAGAUGUGCUUCCAUCUUGUGUGUAGCAGGAAAACAUAGAAAGAAGGAAAGAUUAUAGUGAGUGUUUGUGUGCCGGUGUGUGUUUGUGGAAAAUAUUUAGUGGAAGUUGAUUUGUUUCCUGGUAGCGAUUACGGUUUACGCCGUACGUCCGUUUUUUCUGCCGGCAAACGGGUCAGGCGAAAGAGUGAAUCUAGUGGGUGUGCUGCAGCUUCAUUUGCAACGUGAACGCGCUGAUUAAUUGACCAUAUUGCUUUUCAUCAACAACAACAAAAGGCCGGAAGUGAACUGAAGGAAGUGACAUCCAAGCAGGGGAAGACAUCCGCCUUUGCUUACUGCAAAUACAACAGAUCGUUCGAGCAACCGGACCUCAACUCACCAUGGUGCUGGUGCUGAACGGUGUGAUACAGGACGAGCGUCCCAUCAACACGCACGCACUGUUCCUGGAGCAUCCGGUGUACCGGGAAACGGCCACACAGCUUCUCUCGAUUCCAACGAAAACGGUCGGUGCACCAGGUUUGCUGUAUGUGUGCCAGCGUGAAAUGGCCGCCGUCGCUCCACACGAUCGAAACGUGAACAUAAUUGGAUCGGACGAUGCAACCACAUGCAUUAUCGUCGUAGUGCGGCAUUCUGGUUCCGGUGCGAUCGCACUGGCACACCUGGACGGCAACGGUACGGACGAGGCCGUGUCGGCGAUGGUCGCCCGCGUCCAGGAGCUUGCGUUCGGCUACCCGGAAGGCCGCAUCGAGCUACAGCUUAUUGGAGGCUUCAGCGAUCCGCAGGGCUAUGCGGAAGAUCUGUUCAGUAAUAUUAUGCAAUCAUUCCACAAACAUCCGCUGGAGAUCGAUCUGACCCAGUCGUGCGUCGGCGAGCUCAACACGAUGGUGCGCGAUGACAUCAACUGGCCGAUCAUCUACGGCGUCGGCGUGAACAUCAAGACGGGCGAAAUCUUUCCCGCCAACUUCCCGGACAAGGGACCGGAUCUGCCACUGCGCAUGGCGCGACACUUUACUGGAAGCCAUCAGGUGCUAGAUAUAUAUGAUGCCGCUGUUGGUAUGCUGCGCAUCGGUCCAUUCAACUACGAUCCACUGCGCGGCGUUGAUCUUUGGUUGGCGCAGAGCGAUGAGUUUAUACUGAAGCAUCUUUCCACCAGUCCGGAGGUGGAACCGCCACACUUUGCCAUGCAGGUCCGUGCCACACUUAGAUACAUUCAGGACAAUCAGUUUCCGGCCGUUACCGUCUUCCGCAACAACAAUCCGCACUACUUCCGGCGGGACGAGACGACCGGCUGCUGGACACCGGUUCGGUACUGAGCCAGACGGUUGGCGAGUCGAUUUCUUCGCUUACGACAGAGGACACAACGUUGUAUACCGCUUCCGUAGAUUGAUUUCCCCCAGAGCCCCCGUCGUAGUAGUGUAGUAGUGUUGUACUGCUUUCCCUUGUUUUCUUCCAAUCCAAACAUAUUUAUCAAAAACAAACCCUGUCGUGCCAACAUAUGAAUGCGGAAAGGCGAAAUGUUAUAAUAUUAUGAUUCCCGCGCAGCUUGUUACAUUUACAUUGCAUUAGUUUUCCUAUCAGAAGUUUCUAAGAACGUUUAAUUUUUAGUGCCUUUGUCUGUGUGUCUGUGUAGCUGGAAAUAUGCUCCUGUUUUUGUACAUCUUCUGAACUAAAACGACGUGCAAGCGUUAAGAGCAAAGAGUGUAAACGAUCUGAAUACGCUCUCUAUCGCUCAGUUUUCUUUCUUUCUUUAAAUCAAUAUCUAUGCUAACGGACGAAGGGCAUACGUACAGUGAGCAAAGGGAGCUAAAAGACUCCACUUGCUAUAAAACAAACGAAAAACAUUUCCCCUUUUGCAAACCCUUUUCGGUAUUGAACAGUUUCUAUUGGCAGUUUAUUGUGAUUGCUGAGCUCUACUAUUUAACGAAUAAUAAAUCAAUUUAAAUAUGUUUAAUUGAGA